GAAGUUUUGGACCACAACCCUAAGCACACGACAAAAACGGGCCACGAUGAGAUAAUAAAUGACACGAAGAUGGAUCUAACGACCAACGCCUCCUCCGGAUCUGGUUCCAUAGCAGAAGAAGAAACCAGAAGGCACCUUGUCCUGGCCAAACCUAUCGCGUUGGAAGAUGAAAAAGAUUCUGAGAACACAGCUUCAAAUGGCAUCCGUCGGAUCCUUAGCCUCUUCAAGAACGUGCGCCCUGGAUCUGAUCUCACCAAUUUUCAGCUGCCACCUCAGUUGAACCAACCAAGGUCACAACUUCAAUGUUACGGCGAGAUGAUCUACAGCUUCGGCGGCCAGGAUCUGCUGGGAGAAUGCAGCCGCCGUGAUCUUCCUAUCGAACGGCUAAAAUCGGUGGUGACAUGGAACAUCUCCACACUCCGUCCCGUGGUCUUUGGCCUGUCUCCGUACAACCCCGUUCUUGGCGAGACUCACCAUGUUUCCAAUGGUCACAUCAACGUCCUCGUUGAACAAGUAUCGCAUCAUCCUCCGGUGUCCGCACUUCAUGCGACUCACGAGAAUGAAAAUAUUGACGUGACAUGGUCUCACUAUUUCACUCCUAAAUUUCGUGGUGCUUAUGUGGACGUUGAGGUAAAGGGCAAAAGGGAAAUGAAGCUUCUGAAUCAAAGAGAGACUUAUGAGAUGACCAUGCCAGGACUUGUUAUGAGAUUCUUACCCGCGCCGGGAGCAAACUGGGCCGGAAAAUUCAAGAUAAAGUGCUCCGAGACCGAUCUCGAAGCUGAACUACAUUUGAACUCCGAUUCUUUCAUCGGAAGACUCAGAGGCAACAACAGUAGAUCAAUCAAAGGAAAGAUCUCCGAAACUUCCUCUGGUAAUCAGCUCUACGACAUCUUUGGCCACUGGGACAAAACAGUAAUGGCGAAAAAUGUGAAGACCGGUGAGCUCGAGGUUAUUUACAAUGCCAAGGAGAACAUAUCGGGACUCAGACCUCCAGUUGUCAAGAAUUUGCAAGAAGUGAUGGAGACCGAGUCCACCAUGGUGUGGAGUGAGUUAAGUGAAGGGGUACUGAAAAAAGACUGGGAAAGAGCAAGAAAAGCUAAGAGAGCUGUGGAGGAAAAACAGAGAGAGUCUCUGAAACAGAGAGAGGCUUCUGGUGAGCCAUGGGUUCCCAAACACUUCUCAGUUGUGAAACACGGUAAGGACUGGGACUGCACACCGAGACAGACCUCGGUUCCUCGGGCUCCACUCGUCAUCCCAGAGACAUAAGAGAAAUCUUAAAACAGAUUUCAAGAAUCCAACACUAUUGUGUUGAUGAUAGAGUAAGUUAUAUAUCCAUGUAACAUAAACCGAUCAAUACAGACUGAACCAAAGGGAUAAUAACAAAAUGAAACUCUUUUAACCAAAAC